AUGAUUGAAGCUAUUCAUGAAACUAUUGAACAACUACGGCCCACUGAACAACAACCGCAAGCAUCGACAAUUGACAUUCAUUCGUUUACAUUAGAUAAAUCUGAGGAUACCGCUAUCGAUCUACUUAAAGUGAAACUUAUGGAAACGCUUAAUAAUUAUGUAAGACGUCUAAGUGGAAUUUGUAGGAAUUAUCUAUUUAAAUUCCUUCAGCAAUAUGACUAUGAUGAAAAUAUGCGAAAUUUUACAAGUUCAUUCAAUAUGGAUACUCUUGACCCGUUUGCACGUGACCUAGAAGCUGCAUUAGCUUCAAUCGAUGCAUUUGCAGCAGCGUAUAAGGGAAGUAAAGACCCUGUAUUAGAAUUCUUAAACAAGUAUCCAACACUCAAAGAUAAACCUGGACUAUAUGGAACCACUCUAUUGUAUUCAGCAGCCAGAAAUAAUCAUGAAGUACUAGUGAGAUAUCUUAUUGAAUCAGCUCAGUGUGCUAUAAAUGCUCAAAAUCAGCAACAACUUGAAGAUGUAUUACAAACACAUGUAGAAAGUACUUAUAAACAGAUAAAUCCAUCAUCCGGUUCAACAGCACUACAUGGUGCUUGUUUCAAUGGACAUUUGAAAAUUGUUCAAUAUUUAAUGAAACGUGGUGCUGAUUAUUUCAUUCGAAAUCAAAUACAAGAAACACCCAUAAUGAAUGGACAAAGACACGGGAAUAUUCGUGAAUUCUUUGAAAAAUUUCUUAUUCUUGGUUAUUCUACCACAGCAAAAACAUUACCCGAAAAACCGAUUUCAGAAAGACCAGAAAACAAUACAUUUGACUGUAUUUGGGAACAUAAAUCAGUAUCAAAUCCUCAAUGGUCCCAAUUUUCAGAUGAUGAAUCAAAAGAAUUAAGUAAAGCAUUAAUCAUAUCACCUGAUGAAGAAAUGCAACGUACAAUCUAUCUGGGUGUACCACCAAAUACUUUUAGCGUUUCAAUCGUUGAAUUUGUACGAUCUGGUAUAAAUCGUGAUCCAAAUAAUCAACGUGCAUGGGUACGGUGUCGUGGUUCAUCAAUUUUCAAUUAUGACUGUUAUGCACGAUGGCAAAUAAUGCUUUUAAAACAUAAAGGAAUCCAAACUGCAAGUCCAGCGUCUUGGAAUAUAACUGAUAUACCAGCGGUUUAUGAUAGCAAAUUUCAAGUACAAUUGAACUGUUGGUAUAACUGUACGAAUAAGAUCAAUGCACGUCUUGACGAUGCUAUAAAUUAUCGACGAAAACAAAUGAAUAUGGAGCUGCCGUUUUUGAAAGAUGAUUUCGACUUUGAUCUUCAAGAGUUUACGUUUCAAAAUAGUGACAAAACAGUAUCAGGUUGCAUACGAUGGAUUCCGAAAUUAAUUGCAAAUGAUGAACGGUAUCGAAAUAAAAUUCAUGAAAUAGAUAACUAUCAAAAUUUGUCACAUGUUCAACCGAUACCUUUGACGACAAAACGACUUCGGGAAGUUUCAAAAAUGAGUCCUACCAAACCAAGUACGAAAUUAGACGAUGAUUUUAAAGAAGAAGACGAAAACGAUGAAGAUCUCACACUACGAACUUUUCUGAACGGAAACGUCGAUGAAGAUAGCUUAGAUGAAACAAAUAAGAACAAAAAAUGGUCAUUGUUUGAUAUCACACAAAAAAGUGAUGAACCUUCAGAACCAAAAAGUGCGAAAAUUGUACCAGAAGAGCCUCUUGCUGUUGGCUUACAAAAUGUCUUGAACAGUCCUGAUACAUCACAAAGCAUAUCUCUGCAGAAAAACUCAAUUUCAAAGGAAAGUCUUGACAAAUUACAAAUGGACUUGAAGAAAAAGGAAGGCAAAGUCUCAGCAAGAUCUAAAGAAGUAGAAGACAUUAAAGCACAAUUAAAAGCGAAGGAUGAAGAAAAUGAAAAACUGGAAAAAGAGCUUGACACCGCUAAAGAAGAACAAAAGAAAGCUCAACAACAGAAAAAAACCUAUACUGAUCAAAUUUCAAAGCUCGAGGAAGACAUAAGUCAAAUGAAAGAGAAACAAGAUGAACUAAGGAGAACAAAACAAGAAACAGAUCAAAAAUUGAAUGAGGAGCUUACAAAAGCUGAAUUAAAACAUAAGGAGGCUGAGAAAGAUAAAAAGGACCAAGCCAAAAAAAUAGCAGACCUCGCUAAAAAAAUUAAAGAUAUAGAAGCAGCCAAAGAAGAAUUAAGGAAAAAAGAAGAAGAAGAAAAGCAAAAUCUCGAAAACAAGCUUAAAAUUGUUCAAGAAGAGCAAAGACGGGCUGAACAAGAAAAACAACGACAACAAGUGCAAAUUGCAGAACUCGAAAAAUUGACCAAAGAAUUAGAGACCCACAAAAGGAAGGGAGAACAAGAAAAAGCAUACAUAGAGAAGAUCGAAAAAACUAUUUUAGCUGACGCGUAUAGUAAGAUCGAAGCACAAAUAGCAAGAGACUUUCUCGCACCAAAACAAGUCUUAAUUCUUGAUCACAUGAAAAAAACAGGCCAAACAGUUGAUAAGUAUUUCAAUGAUAGAAUACCAAAGAUGUUGCUUGGAGAAGUAAUGAAUGGGUCAUUUCAGUCAUUUACUGUCACAAUUAUUGGUUUUCAAGAUCAUCAUGAUAUCUUUAAAGCAAUGCUCGCACGAAUUCGAAAAUUUAUAAAAUCAAUACAAAAAACCAAAGAUUUCUACAAACAACAUCUAGAAAAAGUUACUGAACCUAUCAAAAACGAAAUAAAAAAAGUUAACUCACGAAUGAAACAUUGGAGUCUAUAUGUAGAAUCUUUCGAUCAGUUACUACGAGAAAAAUCAAACGAAUACAUUGAAUUAUUUAAUAUCUAUAUUGAAGAUAAAAAAAAAUUAUUAAUCGACCAAUGUAUUUUGGGUGAUUUAACAACAAUAAAAGCUGAAUUAGAAAAACAAACAGAUAGUUUUAUAAAAGAUAAACCACUCAUCACAGAAAUUGAACCACUCAAAUAUCAAACACUUGAAAAAUUUAUUGAACAAAAUAUUACUCAUCAACGAAAUCAUUAUGAAAAAAAACCAAGCCCCAAAGCAGUCUCUGUUUUAGAUACAUUCAUUAAACAAUUGAAAGAGGAUUUUAAGACAAAUCAAAAAUUUACUGGUCUUCGUGCGAAACAUUUUGGUUUGAUACCUGGCCCAUUACAAAGAUUAAUCAUAUACUCUUGUUGUUUUUAUACUCAAUUACCUUUGUUUGAAUCAGCAUUAGAUCUGUUGGAUAAAGUUAAUCAGAAUACAGUUACCACAAUUUCAACAUCAACUGGAUCAGGAAAAUCUACAUUAUUACCAGCUCUCCUUGCUGCAGAAUGUUAUGAUAAAAUUAUUGUUACACAACCUCGACGUUUACCUUGUACAUUAAUUUGUCAACGGGUUAAUGAAACAAUGACAUCAGUAAAAGAUCCUUUUUCAGAGAAACUAGCCGGAUGGGCUGUUAGUGGUGCUGAAAGAAAUCCAAGAGCUAAAAUUUUAUAUGUGACUAAUGGCCUACUCAAAGAACGUUUACUUUAUGAUGAAAAUUUCAUUACACAUAACACUCAAUUAAACAAAUCGAUUAUAUUCUUCAUCGACGAAGUUCACGAAAGAUCCGUAAAUAUUGAUCCUUGUUUAGCAUUAUUAGCACGAAUGUUAUCUAUUAAUCCGGCAUUAAAAUCAAAAAUGAAAAUAAUUAUUUCAUCUGCUACACUUGAUUCAUCUGUACCUGAUCUUUUUCGUAAAAUAAAACAAGUCUCAUUAACUGAAUUUGUGAUGCCACAGAUGGGUACCAUACAUCCUAUAACUAAAUAUUCUCGUAAAAAUGAGAAUAUAUUAAAUAUUGUACAAGAAUUAUAUCAAAAACGUCGACGACAUGAUCAAAUUUUAUGUUUUGUUAGUUCUGUCAAAGAUGUUAAUGAAUGUUGUUCAUUAUUGAAAACAAUAACUGGUGGUGUUAUUACUGCUUAUCCUCUUAUUCAAUCACAACAAGCUUCUACACAAAAAGAAUAUAUUGAAAAUGGAAGUGUAUUUUUUUCGACCACAGUUGCCGAAACGUCAUUAACAUUUCCUCAGUUAAGAUAUGUUAUCGAUACGGGUAUGAUUAAUAUACCUGUUUAUGAUCCAGAAUCUAAACGAACUGUACUCCAAGAAGAUCGAGCAGCAGAGUCCACAAUAAAACAACGUCUUGGACGUUUGGGUCGAACACAACCUGGAGAAUAUUAUUCGUUGUACGAUUUUGAAGUAGAAGAAAAAAAAUAUCCAACACCACAAAUAUGUCAAUCAGAUUUGACUAAUAUUGAGUUUGCAUUAAGAAAAUCACCAUUGAAACAAGGAUUACACCAUAUGAAACAGUUCUUUCCAGAUUCUCCACCAAAUAAAACAAUUGAUCAAACUGUUAAAACAUUACGACUACUAGCUGCUCCAAGUGAAGAUUUCACAAAGCAUGGUGAAGCUCUUGCUAAACUACCCGAUUUUGGUUCAUUAGCAAUGUCGAAAUGUAUACUGUCUGCUCUUCAGAACAAUUCUUGUGGACGAGACCUUAUCUAUCUAUCGUCUAUUUUAAGUGUUCUUAAUACUAGUGCUUUAUUGAAAUCAAUACCAGAACAUCUGAAAAGUUCAGAUGGUGAUUUUAUGACAUUGUUUAAUGUAAUGCGAGCAAUUUUACUUGUUAAACAAUCAGUCCCAGACAAUCAAUUUAAUUUACAAUAUGUAUGCCAAGUAAAAGGUCUCAGUGCUAUUCAUCAUAUUCUUCGACAAGCAUUGAGACGAUAUGUCAGUUUAGAAAGAUCUUUUAAUUCAUUAGUUGAAUAUCGUGCACAAUCACAAAUUACAUCUGGCAAUUGGCCAUCAAUCGCUAAAUCAUUAUUAGCUGGAUAUUACGAAAACGUUUUUGUUUCAUUAAAAGAAAUAUAUGGAAGAAAUCACCAUUAUGUUCGAUAUGACUCAACUAAUGAAAAUAUUGCUGUCUUAGAUUCACAAUCGACUCUUGCUCGACAUAGAAGUAUGUCGCCUGUUCCUCUAGUUUUGGCAAGAGAUAUUCGUUAUGCAUCGUCAAUUCGUUCGAGAGCUGUUCUUUCAUUUCUCGGUGAACUUCAACCGGGAUGGAUUGAAUAUCAGGUUCAACGAAAUAUUGUUUUAAAUGAAAAGGAAGCAGCGUAUCUUACAAAUAAAUAUAUAUUACCAACAGCAAAAACCAACUUUCAUUCAAUUGAUAUUCAAUUAAUUUCGGAUACACUAUCAAUAGAAGGUAAAGCUGGUACCUCUCUUAAAGCUGAGUUAUGUAUUCGACAGCAAUUGACAGUUGAACAGCCUGAGUUUGAAUUAGAAAAUCGUUUUGAUCCAGAUACAGAAGAAUAUAAGAAUUUAUCACGAAAUUUAGAAAGUGUAAUGAAAAUGCCACAUAUAUUUAAACCAAUGAUUUGGCGCUGGGAAGCGGAAAGACAAGCUAAAAUAACUGUUAAUCCGAAUACGUCAACAAAGAACAUUACAGUAAAGAUUAUUGCUAGAGAUUCGGAUUAUGAAAAUAUUAAAAAGGAAUUCAAAUCAUUUGUGCGAUGGUUAGGAUAUUGCGCUGUUAUGCGACGUCCGAAUUCAGGCGUUCCUCCACGAGUUUUUCGUCCUCAAGUGCGUGCACAAUAUCAUGAUAUUGAAGAACGAAUUUCUCAUAUUACCGACACUAAACGAACACUUAUAGACUUAUACAAAAGUGUGAAAGGUCAAAAUGCGACUCGUGAAACUCGAAUGGAAGUUGUCGCUUGGAUAGCUGUUUGUAAAUUUUCUUGCAAAGUUGAAGGUGGUUUUGUACGUGAUUGA